AUGGUUUUGUUUUGUUAGUUAAAGUUCCGAACUUUACGAGAUACCUUUCGUUCUGCUUAUCACCAAACCAACGAACAGAAACCAAACCCUAGAUCCCCUUUUCCUCAUCUUGAUUUUUCUUCUUCUUCUUCCUUCGUUUUCUCUAACAAAAAACGAAAUUUCACAACUUAAUCCCCACAAGUGAAACAAAAAUCUUCAUCACUGAGAGAUCAGAUUGUUUUAGCUUGAUCAAAAUCGUUUUCAAGGUGUUAUGGAGUCUGAACAUGAAGAAGAUGUGUUAUCAAAACCAAAACAUGAUGAAGAUGGAAACAAGGAAGGCUCAUUAGGGGAUGAAGAAAAUGGAGAUGGAGAGCAUAAAAGAAUAUUUUCAGAGGAAACAGGAAGUGUGAUCAUUCACUCAGAAGCACAUUCAAGAUUCAUUCACUCAGAAGCACAUUCAAGAUCAUCAUCAUCGUCUUCUUCAUCAUCGUCAUCUUCUUCGUAUUUAUCGCCACCGAAAGAUCUACCUGAAGACGGCAAAGAAUUAUCGAAUGAACCAGAGAUAUCUUCACCUCCUGUUCAAGUAAUGGAUAGGGAUGAUGAUGAUGAUAACGGAAACUAUGACCCGAAUAGGAUUCCAUCUUCGGUUUUCGAGAGAAGCAAAUCGAAUAUACCAGCUGAAUGGAGCUGUACUUCGAAUGAAUCUCUCUUUAGCAUUCAUUUAGGACGCAACAGUUUCACUGCUGAUUUGAUGAAAUCAGGUGAGCUCUAUAAAUCGGGAGAGUUACUAGCGUACAGUCCCGCACUUCCUAUGCCACCUCCACCAGGAUCAGAAUCAAAACCCGUCGUAGAAGAACCCAAAGUUGUUGAUUCGAGAAAGGAAGAGGAAGUUGUACAUACAUCUUCAUCUGAUGAAGAAGAGGAAGAUAAGAGAGAAAGCCAUGAGAAAGAACAACAACCAGCUGUCUCUUGGAAAACUCCUUCAACUUCUUACCAUUCUAACCAAAGCUCAAACAGUGCACAUUCCUUCUCUUUCCCAAUAUUGGCAGGAGCUGCAAGUGAUUCAAGAAAGGGAGAAACAGAGGAACAGAAGAAACAAGCACAAGAAGCAAAACAGCCACAAGAGUCAGAAAAACCAGCAGAUGCAGCAAAUCAAAAGCAGUCAAUGUGUAGGUGGUUCUCAUGUUUUCCUCCAUGUCCUUGGUGUUGUUCUCCCUGCUCUUGUGCUUGAUUCUGUUUUGCUGUUUUAUUAGACAAAAAAAAAAAAACUGUGGAGUUUAUCUCCUGAAAAAAGGUCAGGUAGGUCAAUAGAACCUUAAAUCAUUUUAAUUUUGAUCUCUCCUUUGUUCAAGAGAAGAUGCAUAGAUCAAAGAAAUAUGUUCCAGAGUUAUCUCAAAACAAAAUCUCAAACCGAAAAGAUCAUCGACUAGAAUAUCAACGAAAACUAAAAGCUGUUUUAACAUAGCCUAAAACCUCAGAUUCUCAACCAAUGAGCAAAAUUUGGAAGAAG